AGGGUUCAAAGAAGAACUUGAAGGUCACGCAAAUGGUGUUUCUUCACUGGAAUUUCAGGUUGUGCAAGAUGCAGAUCGACUUGAUGCAAUUGGUGCCAUAGGAAUUGCAAGAUGUUUUACAUUUGGUGGAAGUAGGCAUAGAGUUCUUCAUGAUCCCAAAAUCCUUCCCAGGUCAGAUCUUUCCAAGGAAAACUACAUGAACAAAGAUGAGCAAACAACUAUUAACCAUUUUCAUGAGAAGCUUCUCAAGUUGAAGGACUUGAUGAAAACUCAGGCUGGGAAGAGGAGGGCUGAAAGAAGGCACAAAGUUAUGGAAGAUUUUCUUAAAGAGUUCUAUGAAGAGUGGGAUGGCAAUGCUUGAACAGAUCCUUGGUUUUGAAUGUGUAUAACUUUUG